AUGACCCCGGUCACUGUUUUUGAAGAUCCUUGGCCAAAGGAUAAGGCCAAAAUUCCGCUCGAGACCGUGUCCUUGAAACACUUCGAACUCAUUGAGAUAUUUCUGAAACUUAUCCCCCAUUUUCAAACAGAUGAAGAGGGCCGAAUCUUGCAAGAAGCUCUGGUCUACUCAGAAUGGCGUUACAUCAAUUACAUACGAUUCCUGCACCUGAAGGGGGUCUCAGCCUACGACUGCCCACCGCCAUGGGACGUCGCAAUGAUCUGGUACUGCCACCUGCUUUCUCCAUACCAUUUCCACCGGCAUCUCUGGGACAACGAUCACAUAUCCUACGGCCUGAACCACCACCAAUUUCCAGUCACGAAACUAGUGCGACUCUAUGAGUCUGGAAAAUGCGUGGAGGAUCUUGCAGAGGUUUUCAACCGUCAAGUCGCCUUUUGGAAGGCUGUCCUGAAGGCACGCGACUCAGAUCCGGAUGCCGCCUCGCGACAACACCUGACGGCAUCCUUGGGGGAUUACGAACGAUUCACCAAGCUUCAUGGAAUACCUCCGACGAUGAAAAAGGCACCUUACAAGGAUAUAUGGAAGCUCGAUAUGGAUGCGCUCCCGGUACGUGGUGCAAUCAUGUCGGAGCCGAGGAACCGCGAGUUUGUGCCCCCAAACCUGAUGGUAGAUCUCCUCUGGCAUACGCAUCGUCUCUAUCCAGCCAGCUACUGGGUUUGGAGUUUCACUACGGCAGGGAGACUGAUAGACUAUGAGCCGAUGGCUUCGGCCGAGGCAGCUAAGCGGACUUUGGGAGAGACUGAUCUAGAAUGGAAGAAGAGGAACGGCAUCUGUUGA